ACCAAGUCAAACGCAGCCAAACUACUGGUAAAAUAACUUCGCGGCGGAGAAGGUGGCCAACAUAAAGAAGCCGGAAGCCACCCUCACCGAUGUCAAUAUGAAGAACUUCAGCCGGGAAGGCGUCGAGUUAAACGCCAAGGUCUCCGUCAACAACCCCUACGGCCAUCCCCUUCCCAUAUGUGAGGUCUCCUACGAACUCAAAAGCGCCGGCCGGGCGAUUGCGUCGGGGAAUAUGCCGGAUCCGGGGUCGUUGAAGGCGAGUGACACGACGAUGCUGGAGGUGCCGGUGAAGGUGCCGUACAGCAUCCUGGUGAGCUUGGCCAGGGACAUUGGAGCGGAUUGGGAUAUAGAUUAUGAGUUGGAGGUGGGUCUGACGAUCGAUCUUCUGAUCAUCGGGGACCUGAAAAUCCCUCUAUCCACCAAGGGCGAGAUCAAGCUUCCUACUUUGUCCGAUCUAUUUUAGGGACGUUACUCUCAUUGUUUGCACUUGGGCAAAUGCCAAAUCUGGUCCCUAAACUUUUUUUGUGCUUUUUUCAUCCUUUAGCUAUGAAAAAUGCAUUUUUUUGUCCUUCUAUUAGUUAAGUCUGUCCAUAUAUAUAUAUACAUAUUUUUAGUUCUUAAAUUUUAAUAUAUGUAUAUUUUUAGU